UUUGCAGCCCUAAGCAAACCCCCUGCGAGGUCCACCAAAGUGCCUCCUGCUGCAGGUAGACACCCAGGCCGGUACCUGCCCACACCUGGCUCCAGACCCUCGCCCAUGCCUGGAACAUCAGGUGUGAAGAGAGGUGGUGACAGUAAGACAUCUGCCACCGUGUCCCCGAGUCCCAAGAGGGUUCUGCCUGUCCCCCCCUCACCAGCUACUCGUGCCCAUGCAAAUGAGACCAGAGGCAGCAGAAUCAAAGGGCCCGUGUCCCCGCCUCCUACCAAAGCCAGCCAGCCGGACUUGGUUGCUUCCAACAGCGUCACUCCCAGCAAGAGCUCGAAGGAGAUCUCCAGACUAGAGGCUCUCUGCGAGGCGCGGACUAAGGAGCUGAACAUCACCAAGAUGCAGCUGAAGGAGGGGAUGACGGGCUUCGAUGCUAUGGCCGUCCUGGUCAAGUAUCUAACAGAGGAGAUGGAUGCCUUCUCCCACCCAACUUUGCUGACUCAGAUUCAGAGACUGGAGGAAGAACUUCACCAUGCCAGAAGUGAAAGAGAUGCUCAGAAGCUAGAUUUGGAGAGACUGCAGAACGAUAUCCACAAUACCAUCGCCGCACACAAAGAUCACAUCAACAAACUCAAGGAUGACCAUGCUGCUGAGCUGAAGCUCCAGGAGGAUGAGUUUCAGCUGGUCCGGCAGGCCGAGAUGGGCAGGCUGACCACCCAGCACCGUCUGGAGGUGGAGAUACUGGCCGAUGGACACAAGAACCAGCUUCUUGAGAUCUGUGAGGCCCACCAGGCUGCCACCCGAGAACUGGAACAGAAACAUGCAGAGGAGAUCCACAAGCUAGAGGCACUACAGGCUCAGGAGAUAGAAGAAUUAAAAAGGCAGCAUCAGGAACAAAUAGGUAGCCUGACAACAAACUUUGAGAAGACAAGACUUUCUCUUGAGGACCAAAUAGAAACCCUGAACUUCCAGUACCAGCGCCAGAAGGACAAGGCGCAGAUGUUUGAGGAGGCGCUGAACAAGGACACAGACAUGCGUGUCCAGGCCGCCAUCACGCCGUACAAACACCUUCCCGCCGAGGUGGACAGUCUGAAGGCCGUACUGGACAUCAAGAGUCAGGAGGUCCACGACCUCAGGAAACGCAACAUGGAGCUGGAUAAACAGGUAUCUGAAAUCCCAGACUUGAAGGACAAGAUUAAGAUGUUGGAGAGGAAGACUGAAGACAUGGAGGCAAUGUUAUCCAUCAAAUCUGAGUUUCAGAGGCAAAUGUCUACCGAGCAUGCCCAGCUGAGACAGCAGUACGAACGGCAGGAAAACGCCAGCAAGCGCCUCUCCAUGGAGAACGAGGAACUGCAGUGGAAGCUGCGCAACAGCGGCAGCAGCUCCCCGAUAGAUGCUGCCUCCCCCAUCAUCAUGGGCUCCCCCGCCCGCGUCCCCCGCACCGCCCUCACUCCCACCCUCGAGAGGAGGCGCUCUCCCACGGAGAAGCGCAAGUCGCUGUCCAGGUCACAGUCCACGUCCUCGGACACCGGGAUUUUCUACACCAUCUCCGAUGAGAAACCUUCGUCGUAAACCUGUUUCUGUCACUCCUGUAGUCUGAACCCUUUCAGUACAUGUGUACCAACAUUGCAAACAAUCAAAGUUGUCAGUAUGCAGUGUAGAGAUGUACAAAUCUUCACAUAUUACGGUCUGGUUCUGAAACAACUUGAAUCCUAACCCUAUCAUUACCAACAUCUCAAACACUUGUAUAGUAGAUGUAGGGGCAUGUAAAUUGUAAUAGGCUUAUUCACAAAUCCAACUGCACAUGCACAGGUCAAUGGUGAAAGCCACUGACUUGUAAACUGUUCUUGCCUCAACCAUGCUUUAUAAAUGCCGAUAUUUAGCAGAUCCUCCUGCCUUAUGCGCAAAAUAAGAAUGAAUCUUAGAUAUGUAUGGCCUCUGUUUCUCGGUUUGAAAUGUCUAGACGUGUUUUGUUCAGAUCUCAGGGGCUUUCACGCUUUGACAUGUGCAUGUGCUGUCAAAUCUUUGAAUGGGCUUAUUUUGCCAGGUUUGAAGAUGCUUGAACCAUAGCCCCAUCAGUGAAAAUGUCAUGAGCAGCUACGAAUGUGUUACAUGUCCUGUGCAAUGUAGGUAUAUGUAUGGUAGGGUCAGCAUCUGUUGUUUUGGUUAGGUUGUGGCUUGAUAUUAAGACGUUGCUUUGAUCAGUUAAUCUUCAACAUGCACAGUUUGUUAUUACCAGUUUGGCAGUGUGUUGAAGGUUUGGGUUGAAGAUGUCAAACUGUUUUGUAGAAUA